AACAGUUUUGAAAUGUUCUCAGACUGGAAUUGUUACUUCUAACAGAGCAUUAGCUUAAGCUUCACCACUCUACCUUCGGUAACUAUGGCCGAGAACGAGACUCCUCCUCCUCGUAAAGCCAAACAACGCCCAAUCGUACGCUUGGGGAUCUUCCUCAUCUCUCAUAGCUUUCUAUUCAGCCUUGUUUGCUGCACUGCCGGUGUUAUUGCUCUUCUUCUUCUGCCGAUUCUCGCCAAGAACACCUACAUUUCUGAAAAUGCCCUCAUGCCAGGUUCAGCAAAUCCCAUGCUCUCCAGUCAAGAGGCUUCAGAGGCGAAUAGCUUUGUCAAGGAUUUAAUAUCUUUAAAGUCGAAGUCUCGAGGUGCAGGCAUAGGGAGUCAGAGACUGAUAGCACAAUAUAUGUCUAACUUAGGUGCUGAAGUUGCCUAUCACAAAUUUCAUCCUCAAAUGGCACAGUUUCAUCCACUACACUUUUUUUCUAGUCCUGAUUCUAGAAUAACUGAGCAGAACAUCAGUUGUUCAUCAUAUGGUACCAACACUGUUGGGAUAAUAAGAGCUUCACGUGGUGAUGGAAAGGAAGCUAUUGUCCUUGUAACACCUUACAACUCGGAUAAAAUUAAGCAAGGGGAGGCUUUGUCUCUAGGCAUAGCAUACUCGGUAUUUUCCUUGCUAACUAGAGUCACUUGGUUGGCCAAGGAUGUCAUUUGGCUGGUUUCGGAUUCCCAACAUGGUGAACAAGCUGCAGUUACUGCCUGGUUGAGAGAUUAUCACAUGCCAGUGUUCACUAAUAAAAUAGAUGCAGAAAUGUGUCCUGUAAGCAAUAACUUGUAUGAAAUGAAUGAUUAUCCAAACACAGAAAAAAAGAUAUAUGAUGGAUUUAAGCGUGCUGGGACAAUGGCUGUGGCCCUAGUUAUUAAGGUAGUGGAUAAAAGUGAAAGAUUUGAUGAUAGUUUAAUCAUCAAUGCUGAGGCAUCUAACGGACAGAUGCCAAACCUUGACUUAAUAAAUAUUGUAAAUUAUUUGGCAGUGCAUAGGCAAGGGUUUCGGGUAAAGGUGGAGAAAUUAUGGUCUCUACUUGACUCCCAAUUGCUUCAGAUUUUGGGAGAACUAUUUGAAUCAAUCGGGAAAGUUGCAAGAAGCUUAAAUCCCCAAUGGAUAUUUGGUAUCCCAGCAUCUGAUUAUGUUGAGGGCAUUGCAACUCUUGCAAGUUCAUUGUAUAACCAGGCUUGGGGAGUUCCUACUGGUCCUCAUGGUGCUUUUCGUGAUUACCAAGUUGACGCAAUUACUUUGGAGAUUUCACCCAGAGCUUCUUUUGAAAGCAUGACAAGGAGAAAUGACUUCCUGCUGCGAGGUGGUCGCUUAAUUGAAGGAGUUGUGCGCUCAGUAAACAACCUUCUUGAGAAGUUUCACCAAUCGUUUUUCCUCUACCUACUAACAUCUCCCAGUAAAUUUGUCUCAGUGGGAGUCUACAUGAUUGCUUUUGCACUUCUUGUUGCACCACUUCCUAUGGUUGCAGCAUCUCUCUAUGCUGAUGCUACUAACUUAAAUUCUACGCAGAGAAAAGAUAAAUCCACUCAAGCUACUGACACUGAUGAAUCCAGCAUUGCUCUCAGAUCAUGGAAAUGGGUUAAUGCUGCAAAGAAAGUAUUUCUGGUUCACUUGUGGGGAUCGGUUGUUUUGUUACUCCCUUAUUUUAUCUGUCAAAUACCCAAUUGCUCCCCAACAAGCAGCUUUUUGAUCUGGUUCUUGCUUUCAAUGCUUAGCUUUUUGAUCAUGUAUUUGUUUUUGGCUUCUCCAUUUUCUCAAGCCAAUGCAUCUCAAGUUCAAGUUGGAGAAUGGGCUAUCUUGAAAUCAGUGACCAUCUCAACUGCCUUUAUCGGUUUGUGUCUCAUGUCAGUUGUUAACUUCUCUACAGCAGAAAUUGGGGGCUUACUUCUUGUUCCACUGUGUUUAAUGGCUCAUCCCAUUAGACUUGAUACUAGACUUCGGAGCUUAAGAACUCUUUCAAGAAUGGCAUGUAAUCUUGUUUUUGGCUUUAUUGGAUUUCCACCAGUUACUUUUAUGGUGUUGAAAGGUGCAUUUGAAGGUUUCGACAGAGUUAAUGUUGGUGACUUCUGGUGCUGGGUGGAAUCUCUUUGGGCUUGGAGCAGUGCCACUUACCUUUAUAUAGGUAUGGUUCACUUACCGUGCUGGGUACUGUGCACUCACAUCUUGUUUCAUCGUUGUUGACACAUCACACUCAAAAUUUUCAUGUAUUAUUGAUUAGUUAGAUCAUUAAAUCAGAAAAUUAAGAGCAUUUUUAUGCUGAUAUUAUGUUUUAUCCGGGGUGUCAAGUACUGGCCACUUAAGAGUACAAGUUCCCAUCGGAAUUUUUCAUUUCCAUUUUGAAAGCAUUCUAUACCACUCAGAAAAUAGGUGAUCUACGAGCAAUGAUUUUGUGGAA